UCCAAGCACAAGAUGUCAGAAAGCCACUCAAUUCUAUCCAGUAUUCUUAAAAGAGGCAGACUGACCUCUCCCGGCAACAGUGCAAGAUACUUCAGCUUUAAAGAUUCUUGCUCCCCUUCCAUAUUUCAUGACAGUGGAUACAAUGGAUCAUUAAAAGACCCAAGCUUUGAUUAUAAUGAUGCAGAACAUAAAGGCGAACAGAAUGAAACAGGCCUGCCUGAAUAUUCAAAACAUGCACAUUCUAGUUUAAGCACUUCAUUGUCUCCCAUUGACCAUGAAAAUGUUAUCUUUUUAUCAGAAAGAAAGGAACCAAUUACACAUACAGACUUAUAUGAAACGCCAAAAGUUGUUAAAAAAGACUUGUCACUCCGCAGGAGAUUGCUUGUGUCUAAAUCAGCUUCUGUUGGUUCUUUGGGAUCUUCUGAAAAAAAAGUAUCUUCAGGGAGCCGUCAGAAAAAAGCAUGUUUACCUCACUUUCUUGGUCUUGAUGAAAUAAUUUCAAAAUGUCCCUUGGAUUCUCCAAGAGAGAACUACAAGCCUUUGGCUACUAGUACUUUAAAAAGUGAGGAACCUAUUUCUGGUUGUCAGAAACUCAGGCUUGUUUUCUCUCAGCAGAGGACAUCUACAAUAGAUGAUUCAAAAUCUAAAGGCGGCUGCUUGUCCGAGCCAGGUUGUUUAUCUCCAAUCCAGCCUAAAUCAUCUACAAAUACACCUAAUAUUUUUAUUGACAAUGUUCUUAAUAGUUUUAAUGAUCAAAGCACUUGUCCAGAAUUGAUUGAAACUCCUAAAUGUACACUGUCUGAGACAAAUGAUGAUAGAUUUAUCACACCCAUCAAUAGACUUGUAGAAGGAUUUAGUCUUAAUAUAUCUGAAAUAAAUACCCCUCCAGUUAAAGAAAUAAGUGACUUGAGCCUAUCAACCCCUGGUAGCAGCAGCAGCUAUAAUUCACUUAGUUUAGAUAAAUCAGAGGAGUCCUUGUCAGAAUAUGAGGGAUCUUUCCAAGAACUACUUCAGAAACAUACGGAAUCAUCUGGCACUCUAAACUCUAAAAGAAAGGUAAGAAAGCUACAACGCUCAAGAAGAUUAUCCACACUUUCAGAAUGUGGUUCACAAUCAGAAAAAGAGGAGGACUGUGAUACCACUGUUGCUCAUUCAAAAUGCAUACUAAAGAUAGCUGGCUCUAUCACCGAAGGCAAUGAAUUGGUUUUUCAUGAGGAUGACAAAUGCAUGACUCCAGAUUUGGGCAGUCUGUCAAGAACCCCUGCUUUGCAGAUAGUGUGUGAACUUUUUAUGCAAAACAGAAGUAAAAGAACAAAACAAGAUGACCUGUUGAAGGAAAUUGAUGGAGCUGACAUAUCUGCGCUGAAGUGUAUUGUGGCUCAACUCAUUGGCAGGAAAAUGGGCAUUGAGAAACUAGAUAUAUUAACAGAAUUAAGAAUCAGAGACUUAAGACAUGUUCUUACUUUGAUUUUAGAUAUCCUGACUGUGGAAAGCCUAUGCAGUAUGUGGAAAGUAAGCAAGAACUGGCGAGAAAUUGUUAUACAAGAUAGACAUGCAAAUCGGAGGAGAAAGUUGUACAUAAAACAGUUGACACUUGAAGCUAAGAGACACCUGCCAGAUACUGAAGAUGCUGCCACUAGACUUUUGAUGACCAGAUUUGCACUACGAUCAGUCCAGGCUCAAGCAAAACCAGCUGUAUUACAAAUGCAGCCCUCUUGUGAUGAGUCUUUGACACCUCGUGGAUGCAGCCCUGUUCUUCGGUCAGCUAGUAAAAAAGAAAUGUGUGUAAAGGUUGCCCAAUCCCUCUUCAGUGACGAAGCUUUAAAACCUUGUCCAAGAUGUCGGUGUCCUGCAAAAUACCAAGCCUUUCAAAAAAGAGGACUCUGUAGCCGGGAAGACUGUGCAUUUGACUUCUGCACUUUAUGUCUUUAUGCCUUCCAUGGAUCAAGAGACUGUUGCAGUCCAUCUGCUAAACGACAAAAUAUAAACGAUGCUCUGCCAGGAAGUGCAAAAAGCAAGAGAAACUUAAAACGUCUCUAA